AUGGCGCCGGCUGACGGAUCCCCAGCUGCCGAUCCGGCUGUGAAGCCCUCGGCAGCUUCGACAGAAGAAGCAAUCCCCACAAAUGGCAGCGCGAAGAACGGCAACGGCCGCGCCGCGGCAUCCGCAACCCAAGCCGCGACGUACGUCGGCUCGCUCUGCCAGCUCUCCGCGCCGCUACCGACAAAAGUCGCGCUGGUCAACGCGGAUCAGCUGGCGGAAUCCCCGGAGGAGGAGGCGGAAUGCGAGACCAUGGAGCAAGCCGUGCUCUCCGCACUCGACGCGCUUCCGAAGGACAUCGACCGUUACAUGUACCUCCGCGCGACGCGCGAGGCUGACGAGGAGUUAUUUUUCCGCCUACUAAUGGACCAUACUGAGGAGGUUCUUCCGUACAUCUACACCCCAACGGUCGGCGAGGCCUGCCAACGCUACCACGAACUCGGGAUCGUUCCUAACGGGAUCUACCUCACCGCGGCGGAUAAGGGCCACUUUCUGGAGCGCCUCCGCGCCGCGUGCCCGCACAGCGGCAUUCGCGCGAUUGUGGUGACGGACGGAGAGAGGAUCUUGGGUCUCGGGGACCAGGGCGCGGGGGGGAUGGGGAUCAGCGAGGGGAAGAUCCUGCUUUACACCGCAAUGGCGGGGUUAGAUCCGCGUCGCGCCCUGCCCGUGAUGCUGGACGUGGGAACUAACAACGAGAAGCUGCUAGCGGAUCCGGCGUACAAGGGCCUGCGGCAGCGGCGGCUGCGCGGUCCGGAGUACGACGAACUCGUGGACGAGCUGAUGACCGCGGCGCGCACGUUAAAGCCGCACGUGCUGCUGCAAUUCGAGGAUUUCGGCAACUGCAACGCGUUUCGGCUGCUGGAGCGCUACCAGCACACGCAGUGCUGCUUCAACGACGAUAUCCAGGGCACGGCGUGUAUCACGCUCGCGGGUCUGCUCUCCGCGCUCCGCGUCACCGGGCGGCCGCUGGAGGAGCAGCGCAUUCUGUUCCUCGGCGCGGGCGAGGCUGGGACGGGGAUCGCGCAGCUGAUCGCGCAGGCGAUGAAUCGACGGUGCGGGAUGGAUCUCGACGCCGCGCGGCAGCGGUGCCUAUUUAUGGACUCUAAGGGCCUCGUGUGCAAGGAGCGCAAGUUAAAGGGGGAGCUGCAGGAUCACAAGAUUCCGUUCGCGCACGAUCUGCCGUACCAGCCGGAUUUGAUCUCGGCCGUCCAUGAAUUCCGACCGACGGUCCUGAUCGGCGUGUCGGCGCAGGCGAACGCGUUUUCCAAGGAGGUGAUUGAAGCGAUGGGCGUUUAUAACGAGCGGCCCGUGAUCUUCCCGCUCUCCAACCCCACGUCCAAGGCCGAGUGUUCUUAUAAAGAGGCGUUCAAAUACACGGGCGGGCGCGUCGUGUUCGCGAGCGGAAGCCCGUUCCCCCCGCUGGUGGCGGAAUCCGCGGAGCCGGGCGGCGGGAAGGUGACGAUGUACCCCGCGCAGGCUAAUAACGCGUACGUGUUCGGGCCGAUCGGCAUGGCGGCGCUCUUAACGAGGUGCAGCAGCAUCACGGACGACGUGUUCCUGUCGACCGCGGAGUUCCUGGCGCAACUCACGCCGCAGGCGCACCUGGACCGCGGAAUGCUCUUCCCCUCGCUCUCCGCCAUGAAGGUAAGUGCGCGCGCAUUCCCUUAUUCCCCCUUGCCCUCUGCUGCUUUGAUGGUCGAAUAUCAACGCGCGCUCGUGCCGCUGCUUAUAGCGCGUAUAUCGGAGUUCAUGGUGGCGGCGGGGCUGGGCACCCCCCCGCCCGCGGUGGGCGCGGGGACGGUGGCGGAGUGGGAGCGCCACGCGCGCGCGAGCAUGUACCACCCGCACCCGCACGGCCCGCUCGCGCUCCCCGCUGUCCCCAGCGACUCGGAGGAGCUCCAGGGCUGGGCUGGCGCGGGCGCGGGCGCAGGCGCGGGCGCGGGUGCGGCGCAGGCGGAGCAGAGUCAGCUGCAAGACGUGGUGCAUCAGCAUCUGCACAUGCCGGGGGGACCCGAAGUUGAGGUGAGCGCGGGCGACAUGGCGGAGCUGGCGGACAUGUGUCGCGACUUCCAGCUCUACCUGCUGGACCGCCGCCUCAAGGAGAACGGCGUCGCCGCCUUCAUCAAGCCCUCCGCGCUCCCCGCCGCCGCCGCUGGCGCGGAUACUUCUGUUGCUGCUUCUGGUGCGGGUGCGGGGUUGAAGGAGAUGCGCGGGGUGUACCUGACGGGGAAGGACCGCGGGCACAUGCUGCAGCGGCUGCAGCGCAUGGCGACCCUCUUCUCUUCUGCAGCAGCUGCGUGGCCAAAUCUUGACCCGAGCAGGUGUCUGCUGGUGUGCCUGGAUACGGGCACGGAUAACCCUGAGCUGCUGGCGGCUGGGUCUGGUUACAGGGGGCUGAGUCAUCCGCGUUUGAAGCCGUCUCGUUACAAUGAUAUCCUGGCGGAGCUGCUGGGCGCUGUGCGCGUGUGGAACCCGAGCCUGCUGCUACAGUUCACGGACUUUUAUAACAGUAACGCGUUUAAGCUCUUAGAUAAGUACCGGGGGACGCACUGCUGCUAUGAGAGCACGACUACCAGCAGUGACAGUGGGGAGGAGGAGGGAGAGGAGGAGAGCAGCAGUGAGAGCGAUAAUGAGGUGCCGGUGUGCUGUGUGUCGUUGGAUGGUAUGCUCUCUGCUUUGGAGGAAGCUGACGGUGUUGUAGCGGAAUUUGGGGUUGCUUUUAUGGAGGAUGCUGCUGACGGGGAGCCCAGGGGCGCGGUUGCCAAGGGCAAGGCGUCUUCAAAUGGUGUGGCGACAAGUGGCAAUGGCGUGGCGGACCUGGUGGGGCUGCAAGAUGUGAAGGAGUGUACUCUUGAUGGCGGCAAUAACGACCUUAUCUGCACUGGUUCUCUCGCCUCUCCCUCGGGUCCAUCUACCCGCAAGACUCGGUACAAGACCCGGGCUGUCCCGCACAGGCUUGCCAUUCCCUCCUCUCUGCCCUACUGCACGCCCUUCACUCACACCCGAUCCCUUGCUGCGCCCACCCUGCGCCUGUCUCUGCCUCGGGCGAGCUUGAGUGGUUUCCGUGCCUCGGCUGCUGGUUUGGCAAAGGCAGGGGCGUCUGUUGCUAGGGUGACUGUCCUGGGUGUUGGGCUGAAGUUUGCGUUUGCAUGA